GCUUCCAAUCCCAUGGCCCCCAACCUCGGCUCCGACCACGCCCCGCAGUUCCCCUCCAGGCCGAAGCACGGAGAGGUCGCCGACGCCGGCGACAUCGAGGCGGCGGCCCACGACGGGCCGGCCGGGCGCGUCGACUACCUGGCCCGGGCGCAGUGGCUCCGCGCCGCGGUCCUCGGCGCCAACGACGGGCUCGUCUCCGUGGCGUCCCUCAUGAUCGGCAUGGGCGCCGUGAACGGCGGCGCGCGGGCGAUGCUGGUGUCGGGCCUGGCGGGGCUCGUGGCCGGCGCGUGCAGCAUGGCCAUCGGCGAGUUCGUGUCCGUGUACGCGCAGUACGACAUCCAGGUGGCGCACUCGGAGGGCGGCCGGGUCUGCAGCGAGGAAGCCGGCGGCGGCGGCGAGGGCGAGGAGGGCCUGCCGAGCCCGGCGCAGGCCGCGGCCGCGUCGGCGCUGGCGUUCGCGGCGGGCGCCGCGCUGCCGCUGCUGUCGGGCGGGUUCCUCCGGCCCUGGGCGGCCAGGGUCGCGGCGGUGUGCGCUUCGAGCAGCCUCGGCCUGGCGGGGUUCGGCGCCGCGGGCGCGUACCUGGGCGGCGCCAGCGCGGUCCGCUCCGGGGCCCGCGUGCUCCUGGGAGGCUGGCUCGCCAUGGCCGUCACCUUCGCGGUGCUCAAGAUGUUCAGCCUGGCGUUCAAGACGCAGGUCAUGUCUGCGUAAAUCAAUCACGUCCUCUGCCAGUAAAUAAAACUUUCGCUGUAUCGACGAUGGGCACGGGGUUUGGUAUGUAUGGCCCGUGAUGCAAGUGCAAUACACCGUUAGAUACUAGAAAACUUGUAGUUGUAGCAACUUGCAUUGUCCAUAUGGUAUGACUGGGACACAGUGGCAGCACUGAACUGAUUACUACUGAGGAUAUAUGACGACAGCAU